AGCGUUCACGGGCAGCGGCUGCGUCAAUCGCCCCCACACCGACUGCAAUCGACAGCCGCUGACACCCACAGCCGAUCGCACCCCACGCGUGCAGCAUGGCCGCGCCGCUACCCAUGCGGCUGCCCGCCACCUUCCUCACGCUGCUCCUCGCGACGGCCGCCGUGAACAAGCACGAGGACCCGCACGAGCACGCGGCGGCGCUCAAGAAGCGCGAGGUGAACUCGCGCCACGCCGACGCUGGCAAAAAACAAGUGAAGAUCACGUUCACAAAUUAUUUACCUGUGGCCGGCGGCCACCGGUUGUGGUGGGACGGCGGCGUCGGGAGGAAGCACCAGGCCGAUUUAGGAUAUGUCAAACAAACCUACAUCGCGGGGACCUUCGAGGGCCACCGCUGGUGGGUCGAGAAUGAGAAUGGGGAGACGGUCUGGCAGAUGGUCGUCGACGAAGGGAAGGGCUACAACCAGCACGUCGCGAUCUCGAAAGAUAGAUCCGUAAAACGGACGAUCUCGUCGAUCAUCGAGCACCCGGAGUUGUAUGAUCUACAUCGGUUGGAUAGUGACUACGGCGCGAAGCACGACCACCACGGCUGCGCCGACCCCGUGCUGGUGGACGACGUCGUGCGCGUGAGAGCUAUCGGCUCCGAGGGCGCGCCGGCCUGGGUCGCGCAAGAAGACGGUUUGUUGAGUGCCGCCCACGACAGCCGGACCAUGAACCACCAGAUCUGGAAGGUCGAGUCGGAUCGGACGGCCGGGCCUCUGUGGACGGGCGACUACGUCUAUUUUCUCGGAGAGGGCGCCGAGGGCCCGGCCUACAUCGACGCGCCGCCGCCCCAAGGCCGAGGGAUCGCGCCGCUGGCCGCGCGGUGGAAGGACCGGGGCGACUGGCAGAAAUUUAUCAUACACAAGGGCGAGGAGCUCGACGCGCACCCCCUCUCGGCGGUGUGCUACGGCGAGACGCUGUUCCUGCAGACGCACUACGGGACUUUUGCGGACACGCACCAGGGCCGCGUCCUCGCGCGGUGGAAGCAUCGGGGCGACUGGCAGAAGGUCGCCUUCGAGAGGGUGGGGGCGGAGGCCGGCCACGGCGGGGAGCUCUGACGUUUUUUAUGGUUUUGUAUUU